AUGGGAAGACUUUUCGUGAUCGAUCUUGAAGGAGACUUCUACAGCUGCAAGCAUUGCAAGACACCUUUUGCCCUCGUUGAUGAUAUCAUUUCCAAGUCUUUCCAUUGCAGGUAUGGGGAUGCAUAUCUUUUUGAUAAAGUAGUAAAUGUCUCAGUUGGAGAAAAAGAAGAUCGGAUAAUGAUGACAGGAAUGCAUUCUGUCGUCGACUUAUUCUGUGUUACAUGUGGAUCCAUUGUUGGAUGGAAAUAUGAGGCUGCUUAUGAGAAGUCUCAGAAGUAUAAAGAAGGAAAGUUUAUUCUUGAAAGGUAUAAGGUGUUGGGGCCUGAUGGAUCCGAAUACAUACCUCCUCUAGAAGAUGUUGAGGAUGGUUGA